AUGGGGAUUUAUUCUUGUGAAUGGGAUUUGGAUAAUUACAUUGGAAAUGGUUAUCUUCUGGGAAAUAACGCGAGCAUUCACUUACCUUUUUUUAUGAAAAGGACUUUCACCUCUCAUGAUGUUAUUUUGGGUAGAAAAUUUGUGCAUGGUAUUUCAUUGAUAUUUUUAGCAAUUGACAUGUCUGGAUCCGCCUUUUCUACAUUAAGUUUAGCAUUUAGACCACCUCCAUUUGACGCUGACCAUAGUAACGGCCAAGAAAAUAAUCAUAAUAAUGAAACAGUUGUUGAAAUAACACUCAAAACUGAAUCUAGUGAGCAUGACGAAAAAAUUGACG